AGAGCUGCCGGCUUCCGGAACUACGUCACGCGCUCGGGCCUGGCUCCUUCUGAGUCCGCCCGCUCCGAACUUCGGUUCGAAACAAAACAAACCUCGGGGGCGGGAGCCGCCGGGGCCACUGGGGGGAGGGGGCCGGACAUUUGUUCCUUGCCGGAGGGAUUGACCACAAAGAGUCGCCAAGAUAGCUGGCCCAGGAAGAAAGCGUCGCACCCCUGACCCAGACUCCGUCACUGACCCCGGCGGGCCGUUUGUCUCAUCCAAACGGCUGAAAAUGUCCAGCAGUGCCAGCAUUCCUGGCCAGAGGAGAACAGCCCGGGGAACUGAGGAUGCAACCAAUAAGAAGAAGCAGAAAGACCGAGCCAACCAGGAGAGCAAGGAUGGCGAGAGGCCAGUGGGCGGUGACGCGAAGAAAGACCUGUUGCUGGACUGGAAGCAGAAUGCCCACGAGGUCAUCGUGAAGCUGAACUUGGGCAGCAGCGCCCUGAAGACAGAGGAAGUGGAAACGGCUUUCACGGACACCAGCUGCCUUGUCAAGUUACCUGAUGGUCGUCAGUGGAGCUGCCAGUUCUACGAGGAGAUUGAGAGCUCCUGCAGCAAAGUGCAGUGGAAGAAGGGCAACAUCCUCCAUCUGGUGUUGCAGAAAAAGAUCCCUUUGCAUAACUGGGCUUCGCUCUUGAAGCGCAGCAAGGAUGUCCCAAAGGAGCAGCCGAAGAGGACUGCAUGUAAGGAGAACGGCAAAGAGAAGCCCGCUUUGACGGAGGCGGCAUCCGAGCAGCCCCAUGCUGAUGGCGCUGCGGAGCCAUCCAGGGGCAAGCGAGAGCCCUCCAAUCCCAAGCGAGCCCCUGGGAGGAACGAGGCAGUGGGAGAGAAGAACCCAGCCAGCCCUGGGCCGCCGAGUGGCCCGAGUGCCAAGCGGGCUGUGUAUGUCAGAGCUGCUCUGUCGGAGGAGGAACUCAGCAGCAGCAGCACAGGCAGCUCAUGCCUCAGGGAGAUGAUUGGCAGUCACAGGAACGGCCGGGGGGACCAGGAGGAUCCCCUGCUGGACCUGAAGGCUGACCACAGAGAGAAGGAAUUGGUGCCCAUGGAAACGCAGCUGCCUGCCGCGCCCGCAGGCUCAUCGCCCCCUCCACUUGGCUCUUGCUCAGAGGAGAGGGUCCCACCGCCAGCCAGUUCCUCUGAGGCUCUGCAGGAGCCGGAAGUGGCAUCUGCCUUCAGUGAAGGCCUCUGCUCCUCUCUUCAGUCCACGGAUGCCGAGAAGAGAGUCUGGUCCCAGGACAGUGAUACUUUAGAGGCGGUUCCGAAUGAACCUGAGCCUAUUGUGAACCUGACGUUUGUGAAGAACGACUCAUAUGAAAAAGGGAACGAUUCUAUGGUAGUGCACAUUUAUGUGAAGGAGAUUCACAAAGAGACGUUCAAGAUGCUAUUCCGGGAGCAGGACUUCACUCUGUUGUUCCAGACAAGUGACGUCAACUUUCUGCGACUGCAUCCGGACUGCAGCUCUCGUACCAUGUUUCGGUGGCAAGUGAAACUCAGGAACCUCAUAGAGCCCGACCAGUGCACGUACAACUUCACCCCUGCUCGCAUCAACAUCUGCUUGAAGAAGCGGCACAGCCAGCGCUGGGGGGGAUUGGAAGCUCCUGCCAUACGAGGUGCAGUGGGUGGUGCGAAGGUUGCCAUGCCAACAGGCCCUACUCCUCUGGAUAAAAGCCAGCCCGGGAACAACCAGCACCCGCUGUCCACUAAGGAGGAGCCACGAGCGGGUGAGAAGGAAAAGCCACGAACGGAGGACGCUGGCCUGGACGGCGUGGCUGCCCGGACAGUGUCGGAGCACGUGCCGGUGAAGCAGGAGCCACACGUGCCCUCGCCCAAGCCGACAUGCAUGGUCCCACCAAUGACUCACAGCCCCGUCAGCAGCGAAAGCGUGGAGGAGGAAGAGGAGGAGGAGGACAAGAAGGUCUGCCUUCCAGGCUUCACAGGGCUGGUGAACCUGGGCAACACCUGCUUCAUGAACAGUGUUAUCCAGUCUCUUUCCAACACCCGGGAGCUGCGGGACUAUUUCCAUGAUCGCUCUUUCAAAUCUGAAAUCAACUACACUAAUCCCCUGGGGACUGGGGGCCGCCUGGCAAUCGGUUUUGCCGUGCUGCUGAGGGCUCUCUGGAAAGGCACGCAUCAUGCUUUCCAGCCUUCGAAGCUGAAGGCGAUUGUGGCCAGCAAAGCCAGCCAGUUUACAGGGUACGCUCAGCACGACGCCCAGGAAUUCAUGGCUUUCCUGCUGGAUGGGCUCCACGAGGACCUGAACCGCAUCCAGAUCAAGCCCUACACGGAGACGGUGGACUCGGAUGGGCGGCCCGAUGAAGUAGUUGCUGAAGAGGCCUGGCAACGGCACAAGAUGAGGAACGAUUCCUUCAUCGUGGACCUGUUUCAGGGCCAAUACAAGUCCAAGCUGGUGUGCCCUGUGUGCUCAAAGGUGUCUAUCACGUUUGAUCCCUUCCUGUAUUUACCCGUCCCCCUCCCCCAGAAGCAGAAGGUGCUGACGGUGUAUUACUUUGCGAAAGAACCCCACAAGAAACCUGUCAAGUUCCUGGUGAGCAUCAGUAAAGAGAACUCUACUGCCAUGGAGGUGCUGGAGUCCAUAUCUCACAGCAUGCGGGUGAAUCCCGAGAACUUACGCCUGGCUGAAGUCAUCAAGAACCACUUCCACCGCACGUACCUGCCUUCCCACUCGCUGGACUGUGUCUCCCCCACAGACCUUCUGCUGUGCUUCGAGGUCCUGUCGCCUGACCUGGCCAAGGAGCGUGUGGUAGAGCUGCAGGUUCAACAGCGCCCUCAGGUGCCCAGCGGGCCCAUCACCAAAUGUGCCGCCUGCCAGAAGAAGCAGCAGUCGGAGGAGGAGAAGCUGAAGCGCUGCACCCGGUGCUACCGUGUCGGCUACUGUAACGUAGAGUGCCAGAGGAAACACUGGCAUGACCACAAAACUUCGUGCCGCCCUGAGAACAUCGGCUUCCCCUUCCUCAUCAGCGUGCCAGAGUCACGUCUCACCUAUGCACGGCUGGCUCAGCUCUUGGAGGGUUAUGCCAGGUACUCAGUCAGUGUAUUCCAGCCGCCGUUCCAGAUGGGCCGGAUGUCACCUGAGCAGAGCUUGCAGCCCCAGUUUCCUGAGAAACAGGACCCUCCCUCUCGGAGUAGCUGCGCUGCAGCAGCCUCCGCAGCCACCACCUCAGCCGCCAGCACCGCCACGGAGUCAGGAGACAGCGCCAGAGCCCCCCACCUCUUGCCGGAACCUCAGGCGUCUCCCUCGGCCUCUGAACUACAGGCCGAGCUAGGGGAUGGCGGCGCCUUGAGGAGCAAGGCUGCCACAGGAAGGAGCUCCUUGCUGAGCUUGGAUUCGGGCUUCUCUGAGCCCCCGCUGGAUGCGCGGGCCGAAGGCUGCCUGGAGAAGGAACUUACCUUCGAGAGAGCCUCCAAGCCGGAAGCUGCCAUCCCUGGUUACCAGCAUCCAGCCGAGGGUCCAAGUUCCCACACCGUUCAGUUCUACAUCAACAAGAUUGAUGCCUCCAACAAAGAACAGAAGCUGGAGGAUAAGGGAGACACCCCGCUCGAUCUGACAGAUGACUGCUCCCUGGCUCUGGUCUGGAAGAACAACGAGCGGAUGAAGGAGUUUGUGCUGGUGGAGUCCAAGGAGCUGGAAUGUGUGGAGGAUCCAGGCUCAGCCAGCGAAGCAGCCAGGGCCGGCCAUUUCACCCUGGAGCAGUGCCUCAACCUCUUCACCAAACCGGAGGUGCUGGCCCCAGAGGAGGCCUGGUACUGCCCAAAGUGCAAGCAGCACCGUGAGGCAUCCAAGCAGCUUAUGCUGUGGCGCCUGCCCAACGUCCUCAUCAUCCAGCUCAAGCGCUUCUCCUUCCGCAGCUUUAUUUGGAGGGACAAGAUCAAUGAUAUGGUGGAUUUUCCUGUCAGGAGUUUGGACCUGAGCAAGUUCUGCAUUGGCCAGAAGGAUGAACAGCAGCUCCCCAUGUACGACCUGUAUGCGGUUAUCAAUCACUACGGAGGCAUGAUCGGCGGACACUACACAGCCUACGCCCGGCUGCCCAGCGACAAGAACAGCCAGCGCAGUGAUGUGGGCUGGCGGCUCUUCGACGACAGCACUGUCACCACAGUGGACGAAAGCCAAGUGGUGACCCGAUAUGCCUACGUUCUUUUCUAUCGCCGACGGAACUCUCCUGUAGAGAGACCCCCCCGAGGGCCACCUCACCCCACAGAUCCUCGGGCAGAAUUGGCUCCAUCUGCUGAGGCAGCAGCCAAUCAGGCUUCUCUGCUCUGGCAGGAACUGGAGGCUGAAGAGGAAGCCGCCAGGAGGCUGACGAGGAGCCCUUGGAGGCCUUGCAGCCGGAGAGCGAAGCGCCUCACCUCGGACUGCCCCGAUGAAGGCCACGUCCGCUAUUUUGUCCUGGGCACAAUGGCGGCCAUUGUGGCGCUCUUCUUGAAUGUCUUCUACCCACUCAUCUAUCAAACGCGUUGGAGGUAGCAGCUAAUAACUGCAAGUCCCAAGGAGGGGAGGGGGCAGCCAGCCUGCUUACUUUGCAACUGGACUCUCUCCUCCUUCACAUCUUUGCGGCGAGGGGCUGGGAAGCUCCUUGCCAGGUAGGUUGCAGGAAGAAGCCCUCGCGCUGGUAUCUCCCUGAGGAGAAGACGCCUAUCCCCAGGCCUGCUGUAUCCCGCUUGGCUGACUACAUGAAUUUAUAAUCUGGGAAGAGUCCUUAUGGCUCAUUGCCUGGGGAAACUCAUUUUGGACUUGCUUUUCUCAUAGGCGGCUCUGGUAGUCUUUGGCCGCUGUGCAACAAGCGCUGGCAAAUAUAUAUGUAUUCCAGCAGGAGCUGCAGAUCCACGUCGGUCCCUUUAACUAGAUGGAAUGUAUUUGUCUUGGUCGCUCUCUCUGCCUUGGAUCAAUCCGUCCCUUCAUUAGUGCCUAGUGUUUAAAGGUUGUACCAGCUUUCCCAGUUGGGCAUUCUCCCUGUGCUGGGAGUUGGAGGGGAAGAGAUUUGUGGCCUCUUGUUUUGAAUGCUUAGGAGGGUGGUGGGCAUUGCUGACUCUUCAGGCAUUGGCAGAUUGGAUUAGGUUCCUUCUCCCCAACGGUGGGUCAUCUUGCGACCUAAUCCCUCUGGCCACCCCACCCCCACAGCUCAGGUGUUUUCUAUCCAGGCAUGACACUAGACAGGGAUGUAGAGUGUAAAGGGAAGUCUCUCUUCUCGUCCUUGUCCCUCAACCAUUAUACUAAGCUGUCUGUAGCAAAGGGCUGCCACAGAACAGAAGAUGCUGCUCUGAUUUUGUACGUUGGCUCCUGCAUGUGUCUUUGGGAAUGCAUGCACAUGUGCCUCUGCACAUGCAGUAGUGAAAGAGGAGGCCGUUGCAGAUCCGUGUCCUUAAUCCUACCCUGCAGGCCAAGGUUCCUCACACAGGAGGCAGCACCCCUCUUGCGCCUCCAGGUCACAUACGAAUCCUUAGCUUUGCUAACGUAGGCCUGGGCUGAGGCCAAACGAGGGAGAGUUGUCUUGGAAAUUUGUUCUCCAGAGGAAGCGAUUCUUACUGCAACCCCCUCCUUUCGGUUUGUGUAUGAUUGACGGUUCCUUUUAAUCACAUGUAUUAUAAGAAAUCUUUUUUUAAAAAAAGAUCAGCACUUUCAAAGAGGGCUUUUUUCUCUCUGCCCCUGGAGUAAAGUUAACUGGCACACGUACCUACUGUGCCCCAGGCAGUUUCACCCGUGCCAAAGAGCACAGCCUGAUCCACACGUCAGUGUGGUGGGGAGCAUUUCCCACGCUGCAAAGGAAAGAGCCCCCUGCCUUGUUGGUGGAAAAAGGCAUUGCAUUGUGAAGAGAAAAAAGAACAGAAAAAAAGCUUUCGCUGUAUUUAUUUAUUGUAUUUAAUAAAACUGAAGUUGUUCCAAA